AUGCGUUUCUCCACCAUCACCAUCGCCGCCCUUGCUGGCCUCGCUGCCGCCGCUCCCAACGAGAUCGCCAAGCGCGAGAGCCAACAGAUGACCAGUGCCAUUCAGUUCGCUGCCCAGCAAGCCGACUGCAGCAUCUUCGACUGCGCUGCUGUUAUCGGUGCCGCUUUCUGCAUUGCAGGAGGUAUUGCAACCGGACCCGUUGGCGUUGCCGCAGUCGUUGCCUGUGUUUCCGGUGGUGCUCCUUCGGUAUUUCCUCCCAUUGUCUUCCCAGUACCCACUCCCACUGACUUGACUCAGCUCUGCGGCUGCGCUGGGUGCGUCGAUGCUCUCGGCGACUUCUUGACUGAGAACGGCCUUUGCCCCGAGUAA